AUGGUGGCCAUCCAGCAGCCUACGGUUAAGAACCUUACUAUCUAUGCGCUUCUAUCUAACGACGAGUUCUUGCAGACGCAGAAGUAUGCACAGAAGUACAUCAACCACAACCUAGAGCUUCUGCUUAAAGAAGUACUAUUGCCUCACAACGAAGUUCUGCACAUCCCCGCUCUCUUCAAGAAUUUCACAUAUCCUUGGCCAUUCAAUCUCUAUGGACUUCCCUCGCGCCUACACAGGGCCGCUCCUGGACAGAGUCAACUGACUACUUUCCUUCUGGUUGCCAUCAAUGGUGUUAUCAUCGGACCUGAUUGCUUGACUGCGAAGCCUUGGGGUCCAAUUGUUGAUGAUCAUGAUACCCUUGAGCAGGCGGUGCAAGACGUGUACGGGCAAGUGGGGAUAAAGGUACUUUUCGUUGACGAUUUCAUGUCCCAUCACGUAAAUGGAGGUGAAGUCCACUGCGGCACUAAUACCCUCAGAAAUCCAUGA